AUGAAAUUAUUGUUACAUAUUUUUCAAUUUAUUUUCAUAUUUAAUAAUUUUAUAAAUUCUCAACUGAAAAAAAAUUUCCCAGAAAAUAAAAAUAAUGAUUGGGGAUGUAAUUCAGCAAUAAACAAUUUUUUAUGUAAAAAUCCACGAAAAAUUAUAUUUUUACUAAUUAAUGGUAAACCUUGUUUUGAAUGUCAUAGCUAUGUUUUUCUAAAAUUAAAUGAUGCUGUAAAAUAUUACUAUUUACAUAAAACUCAUUCUUUAAAACGUUUUUUAAUAACAAGAAAAGGUGUUUAUUGUAGAUUUGUAAAAAAAUAUAAAAGUAGAACGAAACUUGGCCAAUAUAAUUAUAAUGACAUUUUGGUAAAGCAUCAUUUUCCAGAAAAAAUUUUAAAAACAGUAUGGGGAAAUUGUGACUAUAAUUGUUAUGCAAAAAACAACUUUGAUUUUUUAAAAUAUGGACUUCUUAGUGAAAUGAAUUCUUACAGAAGAAUUCAUGGAAUCCAAAAUCUUAUGGUAAGUCGAGAUAUUGAUAACAUGGCUCAAGUGACUGCCACUAAAAUGGCUUACUACAAUGGGAAAUAUACAAAUAAAACAAAUAAAUUUGGUGUAAUUUCUGAAGUUUCAAAUAGAGUUAGAGCUAAUUUAAUUUUAAGACGUUUGUUUGAUAAAUUUUUUGACAACUAUGAUUACAGUAAUAAUUUAUUUUGUCAGCAUUUUUGGAAACAAACACAAAUAUUAUGGAGAAGUACAAAAUACGUUGGUAUUGGUGUUGCUGAAAAAAACAGUUUGAUAUAUGUAACAUUCGUUUUUUAUCCAAAAGGAAAUAUUAAUAAAAAGUAUCUUGAAAAUGUUCCACUUGUUACUGACAAGCUUUUGAACUACAACUUAUUAUUAAAUUUUGGUGGCUAA